UAAUGUUUUCUGGGUGGAUUUCAAGGGUAAAGGAAAACAAAAAGGAGUGAGGUAGGGAAAGUGAAUGAGUUGACAGUCGUUGGUCCAAGUUGGCAGUUUGACUGGCCAGAGGUCCUGGUCUGAUUCCCCUGCUGUGGAUGGAAGCUGGGGGCAUGCCAGGACAUUCCGCGUGUCACUUUCUGUAUAGCCAGCCUACUUUGCUCUUAUUUUGUAAUUUCCUUUUAGGAAAAAAAUAUAAGAGGACUAGAAGGAAGUACUAUUACUCAUUUGUUCCUUUUUCGUUCAGUUUCUUCAAACAGCUCAAGGAAGAAGGAUUGUGUGCGUCUCUUUAGCACUGUCAUUGUGAAGUUUUUGAAUGAUUUUCUAUGAGGCAACUUUAAUUUUUUUGUUUCAAAAUGGACUAUCUAAAAAUGCAGGAGGCAGCAGAGUGCAACAUGAAAAUGCAUCCCAUGUGGCAGGGGCCCCUUGCGGUACCAGGAGGUGAUCGCCAGUCUCCAAUUGACAUUGUUACACGGAAGAGUGUCUUUGAUUCAGAGCUGAAGCCUCUGGUCACCGAUUACGACCCAGAGACCUGCCAACAAAUCUGGAAUAAUGGUUACUCCUUCCUGGUGGAGUAUGAUGACACUACAGACAAGUCAAUGCUGACAGGGGGCCCCCUUCAAGACAAAUUCAAGCUUUGUCAGUUCCACUUCCAUUGGGGUGAGAGCAACGCCUGGGGGUCAGAGCACACUGUGGACAGGAGGCUGUUCCCUGCAGAGCUCCACUUGGUCCACUGGAACUCUGACAAGUACAGUCUGUUCGAGGAGGCAGUGAUGGAGGACAACGGACUGGCUGUGAUUGGAGUCUUUCUUAAGGUGGGAAAGAGACACGAAGGGCUGCAGAAACUGGUAGACGCUCUCCCUGCGAUCAGACACAAGGACAGUGUAGUGGAGUUUACCAGGUUCGACCCUGCCUGUCUGUUACCCACCAACACUGAUGACUACUGGACGUACCACGGCUCUCUGACAACACCUCCUCUGACUGAGUCUGUCACCUGGAUUGUUAUGAAGCAGCACAUUGAAGUCAGCCAUGAUCAGCUAGCGGUCUUCCGGAGCCUCCUGUUCACCUCAGCUGAGGAGGAGGUACAGAAGAGUAUGGUGAACAAUUUCCGUGUGCAGCAGCCUCUGCGUGGUCGUUCCGUCCGCUCUUCUUUCACUCCCUUCCUACAGGAAGCAACAUCAACUAAAGGCGACAAGCACAGCCACUAGCGCUGCUGGACUGUGUACAUACACCCUCUCACAGAAUAACACAAACAAUGACCACUAUUACACACACGCACACACACUACUCUGUGAGCAAGUAUCCAUACUCUCUCAUUUUGCUUUAAUCUGUCACAACACAAUGAUGUUCAUUAGCAUUACAAGCAGAAAACAUACUUUAAUGUAUGAUAAACUUUCAUCCGAGGAACCUCAGUUAUACUUCAUGCUAUUCUUUCAUAGAGUGAAAGGACUUUUUUUU